AACUUCUGACUAUUUUUUAUUUUGUUCAAACACUCAGCAAAGUGAUGGGAGUGUGGUAUCGGCCAUGUUAUGUUCAGAAACGUGAUUAGCUACCUGGCUAGCUGGCGUACUUCAAGCGGCCAUUUCUAACUUUUCGAAACCAGAUUUGAAUCCCCCUUUUGAGAUGCGCCAUCUCAGUGAUGGAACUGGUUAGCCAACUUUAAAUUGUUAGUUCUCUAGCAACUUCGUUUGCUAGAUCAACUAGCAUAUUGUUAACCAUUUGUGUUUCUAAUCGGCCAACUGAGAGUUGGUUCUGUUGAGUAUUUGACGUUCGUUAACAAUGGCUGGCUAGCAUUAGCUGGUGAUUGUGCAUUUGGAUUCGAGCAAUGGAUCGAUGGCUGCCCGCUAGUGAAGUGCGCAUUGCUUUUGUUACAUUUUAGCUGGACAGCUGGUUAACUAUCAAGCCUAAGUUGUACAGGUCAGUGAUCGAGGAUGUGAUUAACGAUGUCCGGGAGCUCUUCCUCGACGAGGGUGUUGACGAGCAAGUCCUCUUGGAGCUGAGAACACUGUGGGAGAGCAAGCUGAUGCAGUCGAAGGCGGUGGAGGGCUUCCACACGGAGGAGCAGCAGCCCCAGGCACAGGUGCAGCAGGUGCAGCAUGUCCAGCAGCAGCCCCAGAGCCAGCCCCAGCAGGUCAUCCUCCCCCCUGCCCAACAAGCUCCACAGCAGCAGGUCAUUGUUCAGGAUCCCAAAAUUUUGCAGCACAUGAGCGCUACAGGAAUGAGUGCCGCUGCCACAGCCGCUACCCUGGCUCUGCCCACAGGAGUGAGCCCAUACCAACAGAUUCUCACCAGCCAAGGUCAGAUCCUGCAGGUAGUUCGGGCUCCCAAUGGGACACAGUACCUAAUCCAGCCUCAACAGCAGGUGGUUCUGCAACAGCAAGUCCUGCCCCAAAUGCAGCCGGGUGGAGUGCAAGCCCCCGUCAUACAACAGGUCCUGGCUCCCCUGCAAGGUGGAAUCCCCCAGCAGACCGGUGUGAUAAUCCAACCACAGCAGAUUGUCCUGGCUGGGAAUAAGGUCCAACAAAAUGCCCAGGUCAUGCAGGCGGCUGCCAUGGCUGCCCAGGCAGGACAAGGAGCUACGCAGGUGCAGCAAGCUCAGGCGCAGGCUCAAGCUCAGGUGCAAGCUCAAAUUCAGGCUCAGGCUCAGGCUCAGGCUCAGGCUCAGGCUCAGGCUCAGGCUCAGGCUCAGGCUCAGGCUCAAGCCCAGGUUCAGCAGCAGCAGCAGCAGCAGCAAGCACCUCAGCAACAGCCUCCCAUGAUGCUCCAGGUCGACGGCGCCGGGGACACGUCAUCUGAGGAGGAAGAGGAAGACGAGUAUGACGAAGACGAGGAAGACGACAAGGACAAAGAUGGUGCUGAGGACGGGCAAGUCGAAGAGGAGCCCCUGAACAGCGGGGAUGACGUGAGUGAUGAGGAGGGCCAGGAGCUGUUCGACACUGAGAAUGUGGUCGUGUGCCAGUACGACAAGAUCCAUAGAAGCAAGAACAAGUGGAAGUUCCACCUGAAAGAUGGAAUCAUGAACCUAAACGGAAGAGAUUACGUGUUCUCCAAAGCCAUCGGGGACGCCGAGUGGUAGAGAUGGACAUGGCCCGGAGCUUUCCGUCGGACGAUAACACGGGACGCGUUAAAACUGGGGUCUAGGUGCAUUUCAGAGGACGCAUCAGGAGGCACGCGCUUGACACUGCAAAUACUGGAUGCACAUAUGCGAGCCAGCCCCUCCCCUCUUUCAACCGCUCCCGUGCGAUGGCGCUAUUUUUAUUUGCCACACGUUUGCUGAUGACUGUAUCCGGAAGCACAGGUUCUCCUGUCUCUGUACAGCUUCUAGAAAAAGCAGUCCCAACUACACAACUCAUUUUGAUUCACCUGCAGAUGGAAGGAUUUCUACCAUUGAGAAAACCCCCUAGGAAAAAAAAUCACCAGAGAUGGAUCAAUAGGCUCCUUUAGUGUCAGUCAAAACCUUGCAACUGCCCCACAAUAGCAGUUGACACCAGUGGUUGGAUUUCAGAGCUUAUUGUGCAUUUUUGGCUUAUUUUAGCUUGGUCCUGGUUGUAGAGCUGCUGUUAUAUUCCUGCCAGACACUCAUGAUAUCAAGGUCCAUUACAUGUCGCGUGUCUAAAUGAACGCUGCACACACUACUGCGAUUGCCUUUUUUUUUUUUAAACCCUACCCCCCCUCCCCUCUUAAAAAAACAUAAUUUCAAGGAUCCAAUCACAAGGCUUCCAAAAACAGGAAAUGCAUGUGAGGGCCCUGUGGAGAUUCCAAGAUCACCACCUCAAAUGUGGGGAUCCAAUCGCAGACUUGUUUUUUUUUUUUUUCUCCCCUCCUCCGCUCAAAAGACUACACAACUCACUUUAAUCUGGAUGAUACUGUGUGGGUGCUGUUUUUUGUUUUGUUUUUGUUUUUAAUCUGCCAGGGUUGUCAGUACUUAAAGCCGCACAGGUGCUUUUGCACGGUCAUCUGUACUGUGACAUCUAUCAUGGCAGCAUGCGAUGUCCUAACAGAUUCUUUUUUUUAUUUUUAUUCAAAUGUGUUUUCCAUCCGUCAGCAGUCAUCUUUGUGUUGUUAGCUGAGUGAUGGGGUUUAUCAGCUAAACCUCCCCCUCCCCCCCCCAAGCAAGUAUCAGAUUUUCUCACAGGUUUUUGUAUUUAUUCUGCAGAGGUUGGGCAGGGUGUAGGUGGGCGGGUGGGUGAAACCACACCAAAUUGUGCUCUUAUUAUGACACAAGUGUUCCUUUUCAAAAGGGUUUCCUCUGCUGGCUGGGUCUCAUUCAUCAUCCCUGUUCACUUCUGUUGCGUCUUGUACUUGAAUUUUAACCUUUUAUUUUUAUCUUGUAUUGCCUGGAAAUGUUUAUACUUGUUUAUUUCUCUCCCCAGCUUGUUCUAACAGGGCAUUGUUCGCUGAAUUUUAGAGAAAUAAACUACACAUUAUUUUUUA